AUGACUGAAUUUAAAAGAGACAUAGUGCGAGAGCUUCAUGCACCAGCUCGCCGAAAUUUUCCAAGACGUAAAGUUGAUAUUCGAGAUAAGGAUGAAACUUGGCAAGCUGAUCUUGUUGACAUGAUUGAACACUCAUCUUUCAGUUGGGCUGUUGAACUCAAAAGCAAGACCGGAAAAGAAGUAUCAGCUGCAAUGGAAUCAAUAUUUAAAAAAGGACGAGUUUGUAAAAAUCUACAUGUGGAUCAAGCGAUGCUAAAAAAAUACAAUGUUCAUAUGUAUUCAACUUUCACCCAUAUGAAAGCAUCAAUAGUUGAAAGAUUUAAUAGAACAAUUAAAAGUAAAUUGUACUUUGAAUUCAGUUUACAAGGUACUUAUAAAUGGGUUAAAAUAUUACCAAAAUUAAUUGAACAAUAUAAUAAUACAAAACAUCGUACAAUCAAAAUGGCACCAGCAAAAGUUGUUGAAAAAUUAUAA